AUGUUCGACUCUGUGCGAUCCUAUCUCUAUGCUCGCCGGCCUAUGUUCGCCAAAGCAGCAGGCAUGUUCGGUGGGGUGUAUAUCGUAGCGCAGUACAUCAGAGACCGAGUCGAGGAAGUAAAGUACAGAGUAGUGACAGAGAGAGUAGCAAAAGAAACUCUCCGUCGUCGGUAUGAUCAAACUCGAGAGGAUACAUCUUACACCAUCACUGCACUGAUACCUACACUCGCAGAGCAAAUACUCACAGAGAUGGACGUAGAGGCUCUCACCAAUGAGCUCCAAUCAAGAUCGCGCGCCGGGAGAGAGGCACGCACUCUUCCCGCUGCCCCGCUCAACCAAGAAUACCUUAACGCACCUUCUCCUUCCUACUUUCAUAAUAACCCUUCCACACACCCGAAACCGGCCCCUGCCUCUGGAUCAAAUUCAAGUCUUGCCUCGUAUGAUGUAGAUGCUCGAAGUGACCUCUCUGCGUCUGCUUCUCUUGCUUCAGAAUCGUAUGAGGCUUCAGUGAGGGAAUCAGACGGAGGCUAUGGCAUACAGUCCACCCCGAAUUUAGGCCACUCGCAGACUUGGAUAGAUACUUCUGUCAAUUCUACCAUGGGAUCUUCAUACUCCCAUAUCGACAGACCGCUCUCGCCAGAGGUCAAUCAUGUCCCUGAAGGGGCCCCGCCAUAUACCCCAGACCCUAUCACCACUUCUGACCUCGAGCAUGGUACCCAAUCUCCCCUUGAUCGUGACCCAGAAUCGGCAACAAACCUCUCGGGUUCUAUCGCCACGAGCAGCUCUGCAAUGAGCCACAUUGAUAGGCCUGUAUCCACUUACGAUACCUUGUCAAUACCGGCGAACAUACGCGUACCACAUACACCUUCCCACUCUUCCCCGCUUACAUCUACCUCAUCAAACCAUCUUCGCGACAGCACACGUAGUAAAGCCGAGUUGUGGAAGGAUGUCAAAAUACUCACGAGGAGUAAAUAUGUCCAUGGUAUCUGGGAGGCAGCUCUCAAGGAAGAGAACGAUUGGGCGUACAGUAAAAGCUUAUAUCAUCUCCGCGACGACGAUGAAGGAGAAUUGGACGUGAGGACGAUGCAAGAACUCGGUCUACGGAUCGAUCAUGACGCAAGUAAUAUAUCCAGUGCGGGAGACAUGAGCAUGAAAGCGAAUAUCCCACUACUAGCGGAUAUUCCGGAAGAUGUCGCGGAAUCAUACCUCUCUCUGUCUUAUCAUAUACUGCAUGUGGGAUGGAAAGAGGUGGGCGAACGUGUUGAGGAGGCCGUCAAGGCUAUUUUUAAUAGUGUAUCGCUGAAAACAAAACUAGGUCCUUAUGAACUUUAUAGGCUUGUUAGUGAUGUUCGCAAGAGAGUCGAGUUCGAGAUUGAGGUCGAUGAUAUUGGCGUUGGAAGGGAGAAAAGAGUGGGAUUCCUCUCGGCACUUCUACCUCCAGCCUCGGAGAAGCAAACUGAUCAACCUAUAGUGUUGUAUGGAAGUGCACCAGGCUCGUCCCAAUCGGUGAAAGAAGGCAAAAUCCUCGCUGCUCUCCAUGCCGAAACUCGGACUCUCCUCUCUUCGCAAGAAUUUAGUAUUGUACUGGAGGCAUGUCUUGAUCGUGCAACCGAUGUACUGUUCGACGGCUUGGGGAAAAAUGUCUUCGUUGAAGCGCGUGUAGCGCGGGGGGACGGCGACGGGGAAGGAUAUGGGCAGGAGGAAGACCUGAAACUCCGACUUGCGGGGCUUCUUCCUGGACUUGCGAGAUGGAGCCAGUUGGCACUCAACGGACUACCGAAUGAGCUUGUCGAGAACCUGAUGAAUGUGAAGGAAGUAGCUGCUUGGGAAGCGAUCGUCUUGGCGAGUUAUGAGGAAUGGUGUCUGUGA